GUUUCGGUGCUGGGCGACCGCGAGCCGCCGGACCCGACCCCGUUGCCGCGCCCGCGAUGGGCGCCGCCACGCGCGCCGCUGCGCCUGACCGCCGCCGCGCACUGCGACCUCGCCGCCGCCGCCGAGGCCGCGCUGCGGGCGCUGCUCGGCGCGCACAACUACGACUCCGUCGCCAACUUCGUCGCGCUGCACGACGAGUGGGAGCGGCGCGGGGAGGCGCUGGCGCCGUGGUUCAGGGAGUACGCGCCGCCGGUCCGCAGCGGGCGGAGCACGUGCGUGGGGCUGGCCAUCGAGCUGGUGCGCACGUGGCGGGAGCUGGAGCGCCAGUUCCCGGGCUUCGCGUCGGCCACGGGGCUGGCGUCGUGCGAGGAGGCGGUGGCGGCCGUGGGGGACUACGUGACGCAGGGCGAGAGCCCCGAGGCGGUGGACAACGCGGAGAAGGAGCACGUGAUGGUGGCGGUGCGCGUGGUGGUGGACGGCCGCGCCGGCGUGCUGCUCGCCGACCCCGGCUACCACGUGCCGCGCGUCAUCACCGUCAUGGCCGACAGACAGUACCCGCACACCGGCUGGUUCACCCAAUCCGACGAGCCGCACUGCCGCAAGGAGUACAGCUACAGCUUCAGCCCGCUGAACCCCGGCUACGUGGAGUGGCACGAGAGGGAGACCCGGGGCGCCGUCGUCAAGACCCAGACGUCGCUGGUCUACGUCGCCCGACCGUACAUAGACGCCGUCAACGUCACGGAACGCCGCAAUCUCGUUUACAACUUCAGGAGUCUUCUAUCACGGGACCAGAAGGGCCACCUGGUGGCCGGGCUAUACUUCCCCGUGACGAGCCGCAAGGACGCCAGCUUCACGCUGUUCUAUGACGCCGGCGGCGAGAAGCCCAAGACCAAGUACAAGUUCAGCGCCUUCCACGAUCCUAAGAACAUCCCGCCCUCACUGCUGGAAGAAGUUGAAAUAUGCAACUCGCAGAUGAACUACAAGGAGGGGGAACUACUGAACAUCAUAUUUAAGUUGUCCAAAGUAAUGUCCUCCCAGCCAUUCAUAGACCAAGUGCUCGAGAUCAACGACGACAUCUGCCGCAUGUGCCUGUAAUGGCGACGACAAAAUGGCGGC